AUGUCUUCCAUCGUCAACGCGCUCAGCGACCUCUUCAAGUCUCUAGUCGAGCUUGUGUGGUCCUUCUUCACUACUGCCGGAGCACUAGUCCAGAAGACGGCCCAGUUCGCACUCAACUUCGCUACUGAGAUCAUCGACCUCGUUGUUAACUUCUUCCGUGGGCUUGUGGACCUUGCUGGCGGCAUUGUUAGCUUCAUACUCGGCAAUGUCCUUAUGCUUGGCGUCGUCGCUGCUGCUGUCUUUGGCUUCCUCCGGUACCAGCGCAGCCAAGGCAGACAGGUCACGGUCGGCAACAAGAAGCUAAACUAG